GCACUCAACAUUUUUAUUCCCAGAAGGCUAGAACAUUAACACUUAUCAUUUCUCUUCGAAUUCUGCUAAAUUUUCUUCAAAAACCUUCGAAGAAGACGAUGAGUUCAGGCGCAGGAAGUGGAACAACCAAAGGUGGCAGAGGAAAGCCAAAGGCCACCAAAUCCGUCUCUCGUUCGUCCAAAGCCGGUCUUCAAUUCCCAGUCGGAAGAAUCGCCAGAUUCCUCAAAGCCGGUAAAUACGCCGAGCGUGUCGGUGCCGGAGCUCCGGUCUAUCUCUCCGCUGUUCUCGAGUACCUCGCCGCUGAGGUGUUGGAGCUUGCUGGGAACGCAGCGAGGGAUAACAAGAAGACACGUAUAGUACCAAGACACAUUCAGCUUGCAGUGAGGAACGAUGAAGAGCUGAGUAAACUUCUGGGAAGUGUGACGAUUGCGAAUGGAGGAGUUUUGCCAAAUAUUCAUCAGAAUCUUUUGCCUUCCAAGGUUGGCAAGAACAAAGGAGAUAUUGGAUCUGCUUCUCAGGAGUUCUGAGUUUCUUCUUAGUUCUGUUUCUGUUGUUUCGAUUCCGAACUUGUAAAAUAGACCCUGUUGGUGUUUUUUUAGGGGAUCAGAUUUGCUUAAAAGCUUAAAUAUAUGGCUAUUACCUAA